UUUUCGCGGGAAAUUUAUCUUGCCGUAAGAUUGAAACGUUUUUGAGAGAUUGUGCCGCAAAAUACACAAAGGAUGGUCCAAAUACUGAUAUCUAUGUCCCCUGGUGUGGAUAACUGGACAAUAAUCGAACUUCAAGGAACUUUAGAGGCAAAAGAAGAAGUUAGUUUAGAAGGGAAAGCUAUCGGUGACUUGCAUUUCGAUGGAAAGGGAACACCCAUGCUUAUCAUUGGUCACCAACUUCUCACUGGUAAGGUUGUUGAAUUAGACAAACCAUAUGCUGUGCUACAAAAGAAAACAAGCAAUGAGGAUGAAAACAAUAAGGAAGGUGAAACACACUAUGAUGUGUGUGCUUUAGUAAAGAAGAAAAUUAUCUUCAAGACCAGACCAAAGCCAAUUGUGUUUAAAAAUGUUCCAAUAACCAGAUGAUGUUGGGAAUUAACAUGGCCACACAAACUCCAGAAAAUCAUCCAUCAGUGACAUUGUAAUAGGGAAUAGAUUAAUUGACAUUAAUAAUAUGAAUAUAUGAAGUUCAUAUAUUUUGAACUGUGGUUAUAGAUAUGUAUGAUGCACGAUCCUC